AUGACAGAAGAAAAACAUCACGCCGACUAUUCAAACAUCCAACCAAACACCCUCUCCAAACAAGAAACCCUCCAACACAUCCUCGACUCCUACUCAGCAUUAUCAUACGAUACAACCAAUUGGGUCGCCAAUUUAUCAAACUGUUCUUCCCUCUUAUGGCAUGCCUAUCAUUCGCUUAAUACUCCUGUCAAUUGGACUGGUUUUUAUGUGAGAUCGACCCCACAAGAAUUGAUAUUGGGUCCAUUUCAAGGAAAAGUCGCCUGUCAGACAAUUAGAUUCGGACAUGGGGUAUGUGGAACUGCUGCGGGUAAGAAAGAGACACAAUUGGUGAAGAAUGUUGAGGAGUUCCCCGGACAUAUUGCAUGUGAUGGGGAGACAAAGAGUGAGAUUGUGGUUCCUAUUGUGAAAGAUGGAGAAGUUGUUGGGGUGUUAGAUUUGGAUUGUUUGAUAUUGAAUGGAUUUGAUGAGGUUGAUAAAGAGUAUUUGGAGAAGUUAUGUGAAUUGAUAGGUGAUACUUGUGAUUGGAGUAAAUUGUAA